AUGGCAACUUCAGCUUCAAACAUCAACAUCGAGACCAAGGACGUGCAAACCGCACCUGGCGUCACCCUCAGUGACUCGCAGCAAACAGUCGUACGCUCGGUACUAGACCUCUUCGCCGGCCGCCCUUCGUUACGCAAACUGUCGCUGUGGCGCGACGACGCCACCUUUGUGGACCCUCUUACCAUCGCCCAGGGCCGCGGCAAGUAUGCCGCACAGUGGUACGGACUUAAAGCCGCGUUCUCGGAAAUCGAGCGGUUGGAGCACCAGGUCAAGGAUGCGGGGAACCCUAUCUUGAUGGAUCUCAAGACGAGAUAUGUGGUCAAGGGGAUUGGCAAGGAGCAGAUUAUUCAGAGUGAGGUUGUGAUUCAUUUGGAUAGCGAGGGCAAGAUUGAGAAGCUCGAGGAUAAGUGGAAUGGGAAGUUGCCUGAGAAUGCCAUUGCGAAUGCUUUCCGGCAUCUGAAUGCUGUUUCGGUACCUCUCAUGAUCAAGGUACCAAAGGAUGAUGAAGAAGAUGCAAAGAUGGGCAACCUAUGA